AUGUAUUCUCAAAACACUUUGAGAAAUACUUUCAUUUUAAUAAAAUCAUUACGCAAGCCAGUUUCGAACGUGCGUGGUGCUUUUAUUAGUAGGUCAUUUGUAAGUGUUGCUUCACAAAAAGAUAAUGACGAAAAAGGUCCGACCGGAAUUGUCCUAAUGAAUCUCGGAGGUCCAUCAACCUUGGAAGGUGUAAAUGAUUUUUUGACGAGACUUUUCUUGGAUCCUGAUCUUAUCCCUAUACCGUUUCAAUCACAUUUAGCGCCAAUUAUAGCCAAAAGAAGAACUUCUAAAAUUCAAGAACAAUAUGAUAAAAUUGGAGGUGGUUCUCCUAUUUUAUCAUGGACUGAAAAACAAGGAAAAGCAAUGGAGAAAUUAUUAGAUGAAAUUAAUCCGAAAUAUGCCCCACAUAAGUCGUAUAUUGCUUUUCGGUACGCGCCGCCUUUAACCGAAGAUGCAAUUAUACAUAUGAAGAAGGAUGGCGUAAAACGUGCAGUCGCUUUUACACAGUAUCCACAAUAUUCUUGUUCAACGACAGGAAGUAGUUUAAAUGAGUUAUGGAGAAAAUCAGAAAAAUUGGAUUCUGAAAGAUCAAUUAAAUGGAGUGUUAUUGAUCGAUGGCCAACACAUCCGGGAUUGAUAGAGGCAUUUGCUCGUCAUAUAAAAACUGCUAUUAAGCAAUAUCCUUCAGAUGUUCAAAAUAAAGUUGUUUUAUUAUUUUCUGCUCAUUCAUUACCGAUGACUGUAGUAAAUCGUGGUGAUACAUAUACUUCAGAAGUUGCAGCCACAGUUCACAGAGUUAUGGAACGUUUAGAAUUUUCUAAUCCGUAUCGUUUAGUUUGGCAAUCUCAAGUUGGUCCACAACCAUGGAUGGGACCACAAACAAAUGAAGCGAUACUUGGACUUGGCAAGAAAGGUCAUAACAAUCUUUUGCUAGCCGGAAUUACGGGAUUAAGACGUGCAGAAUCUUUAAAUGAUGAUCCAAUUUUCAUUGAAGCAAUUGCGAAUAUUGCUAAAGACCAUUUACUAUCUGGUAAAGUUAUGUCAACUCAAUUAAAAUUGAGAUGUCCUAAAUGUAAUAAGGAUGUUUGCCAAAGAGCUAGAGAUUUCUUUGAAAACCAAAUUAUUUAA